CGAGAGCUGAGAGCUCUCGAGCAUUUUCCUUGGAAGCCGUGUCGCGCAUCAAGUCAUGAUGGUCCAUUCACCAGGUGUGAUCCCGCACCAUCAUAAUUCCUUCCCCCAAGUCUUCGGAGCCACUCAGCCACCACACGCUUACAUCCAUAUUUCUCCAAACAUCCAAGCCCCCGCAAUCUUCAUACCUAAGACUUACCUGACACCAUGAAGACUAUUCUCGUGAUCCUUAUCACCCUUAACUGUUCACUCUUCGGCCUCAGCAAGACGAGUGCUAGCAAAGCCCGCGGGAUCGUCCAAUGCGCUUCUUACGAUUUCUCUGGGAGUUCCAAGGUGUGCACAGAUAAAAACGAUACGGCUUGGAAGUGUGGGACAUGCACCGGUUCCAUCACUGCUCAUGGUUGCCGAUUAAGUGGAAAUGAGCAACAGGAUCCUGAUUCCGUCGACUGCCAAGUAUCAUUUAGCUUAUUCGAAGCGAGUGAUAAGAACAAAUCUCGUUGUACAGAUGAACUCAGACACUCGCACAUAUGUUCUGGAGGUACAUCCAGCCAUAAGUCUGCCUCAUGUACUGGUUGUCAACUCGCCAAAUCUACUUAACAAGCCAGCUUCUAUGCGUCCUCCGAGUCUGGCUCCUCCAGUGCUCUCACUCAGUUGUGAAGCGUGUGUCUGCCAAAUAUUAAAAAUAUUGAUGAUUCUCGUGGAUUUUGUUUUGUAUUUCUGCAAGUGCCUUGGCAUUCACAUUGAUUAUAAAUUCUAAGCAAUUAAAGCUGCCAUUCACGAAAAUCA